UAAACGUUGACAGUUAAGCGCUGUUCACGGUCAGUGAAGUAUCCUACAUGCCGCCGCUAUGGGGCUAUUGAAGUGGAAACUUUUACAUAAUUGAGUAUGCAGAUUUUAAACCAUUGUAAACAAAUCCAAUUCGAGGAAUGAAAUCAGUAACGUAACGUCGACCGACACUUAGAGUUACGGUGUUAACGUGCCGAUCGUUUUUACGUUACCACAGCAUGUUUUGUUGGACGUAAUAUUAGGAAAAGGAAAUUUAUAACAUAAACUUAAAAAGAGGAAUAUAUUUUGAAACAAUAAAUGUGAAAAUGAGGAAUUAUGUAAUAGUUUUACUUCUUAUUAUUAUACUAUGUUGCGGCGUUAGUGCUCGUGUCAGAAACUAUUAUAUUGCUGCCGUAGAACAGGAAUGGGACUACGCCCCCACUGGCAAGGAUCUCGUGUUUAAUCACCAAAGCGAAGCUGACCUCCGUAUCAAGACGAAGAAGGACCGUAUAGGCAGCAAAUAUAUGAAAGUUGUGUAUAAACAGUACACAGAUGGUACUUUCACACAAGAAAUACCUCCGCCUGCACACCAUGGGUAUAUAGGGCCAACACUUAAGGGGGAAAUAGGAGACCAGCUAAAUAUUCAGUUUAGAAAUGUCAUUACGCAAGUGAAUGCAAAUCUAAGUAUUCAUCCGCAUGGACUAUUUUAUACAAAACACCAUGAAGGUGCGCUAUAUUUAGACGGUGAAAACUCUAUUGCUAAAGUAGAUGAUUGGGUACCGCCAGGGGGCUCUCAUACAUAUAUCUGGAAUAUCACACAUAAUUUUGCCCCCACCGAGGCAGACGAUAAUUGUAUUCCAUGGGGCUAUCAUUCACAUGUUGACUCUAUGGUAGAUAUUGAAUCUGGUCUCGUGGGCGUCUUCGUCGCAUGCAAACCUGGUACGCUAUUACCGGAUGGACGUAGAAGGGACGUAGAUCAGGAAAUUGUUCUAUACACUGACGUCACAGACGAAAGUCUAAGUCAUUAUAUUAGCGUCAACGUCCGUCGGUGUCUAGAUCCACACGUCUGUCUCCAACUUUUGCGAAAUAAAAACGAAAAAUUUUUAGCCAGCAAUAAGAUGUAUCACAUUAAUGGUUACGUUUACGGAAAUCUACCACGUCUUGACGUCUGUGAAGGCAAUGACGUGGCUAUUUAUACGUUUGCUCUGGCUAACGCGAUACACACAAUGCAAAUAUAUGGACAAACGUUUGUUAUUAAAAAGCAUAGAACGGAUGCUGCCUCAAUUUAUCCAGCUACAUUUCACACAAUGAACAUGGUGCCAAUUAAUGUCGGAACAUGGCUUCUAGUUUGUCGAAAUAACGACCAUCUCCAUGACGGUAUGACGGCAUUCUUCAAUGUCAAGCGAUGUAGUCAGGAACCCAUGCCGGACACGCCGGCAGGCAAGAAGCGGAGGUACUUUAUCGCCGCCGAGGAAGUGAACUGGAAUUAUAUGCCCGGGGGCAAAGACUUGUUUACUUCCGGCAAAAUUGAAAUGGAUCACGGAUUUUCAAGUAACUCUCACCACCAUAUGCACCACGGUGAGCACCACGAUGCCCUCGGUAACACGUAUAAGAAAGCUGUCUUUGUCGAAUAUGAGGACGAAUUUUUCAGGAGAAUGAAGCCUCGUCCUAUCGAAGAAGAACAUUUACAUAUGCUCGGACCCCCUAUUAAAGUAGAGGUUGGGGACACUGUUGAAGUGGUCUUUCUAAAUAAGGCGUCCAGACACUAUUCCUUCUUCCCACAUGGUGUUGGCAUUGACAAGUCACAGGAAGGGUCCGUUUAUUAUACCCGAGAUAGUGUAAAUGCCCCAUAUGGUCUGAUUACCGAACCAAGAAAGAUAACAACAUAUCAAUUCAAAGUGCCAUGGACCGCCGCGCCAACAGCAGACGACCCGAAUUGUCUUUCUUACACAUAUCACUCCGCGGUAGAUAUCCGGAAGGAUACUAACACUGGGUUAAUUGGUCCUCUGCUUGUGUGUAAACCAGGGUCACUGGACAAGGGCAAACAAGUACACGUGAACAAGGAAAUAUUUGUUCUGUUUCACGUUGUUGACGAGAAUUUAUCAUGGUACAUUGACGAGAGUAUACGAGAGUUCUCCCCUGAUAAGGCGUUACUUAACAAACAAGAUGAAGCUUUUAAGCAUGGAAAUCUUAUACAUGCAAUUAAUGGACGAAUAUAUGGAACAUUGAAUGGAAUUGACAUGUGCUUAGGUGAUCGAGUGUCGUGGCAUUUUCUAGGUGUAGGUUCGAGUAAGGAUUUGCACGGAGUUGCCAUUGAAGGAAACUCGAUGGCAGUGAAUGGACGAACGCUUGAUUCGAAAAUUAUCAUCCCGGGUCUUGGUUUUACAGGCUACAUGCAUCCAGACAAUGUUGGAAAGUGGGCGUUAUAUUGUCAUACUCACCACCACUUGAUGGCCGGCAUGACAUCAAUGUACAGUGUUAAUGUGUGCCAGAAUCCACAAAGUCUUCCGGUUGUUCCAAUGAAGCCCUCUGGCGGCGUUCGUCGGUAUUACAUAGCUGCUGUGGAAAUCGACUGGGACUACGCCCCUUCAGGAAUUGACAAAAUAAUUGGAAAGCCUCUAACAGAUAACACAGCGAAAUCUUAUUUGUAUACAAGAAGUGACGGUGGAUUUAUGGGAACUAUUUACAAGAAAGCAGUCUACAGAGAAUUCACAGACGACACUUUUAAACAUGAAAAGAAACGCGGCUAUCGAGAAAUACACUUGGGAGUUAUGGGACCGUUUAUUCGUGGCGAGGUUGGUGACGUCAUUGAAGUUGUAUUCAUGAACAAAGCUUCUCAUCCCCUUUCUAUAAAACCACACGGAGUAUUCACUAAUAAAGGAAAUGAGGGUAUGAAGUACAAUGACGGGUCAGUCCACCGGGGCGAUAACGAGGUUCAGCCCGGGAAAGUAUUCACCUAUAGAUGGACUGUCCCACAGAGGGCUGGUCCCGGACCGAAUGAGCCAAAUUGUAUCGGGUGGAUGUACCAUUCAGCUGUCAAUAUGAUAAGGGAUGUGCCUACUGGACUUUUCGGGCCGUUAGUUACAUGCAGAAGGGGUGUUCUAGACGCCAAGAACCAACGCUUAGAUCAUCACUCGAGAGAAUUUGCCAUGUCAUAUUACAUCAUAAAUGAAAACAGGAGUUGGUAUAUUCGUGAGAACAUGCAGAGAACGAAAGAAAUGGCGCCACAUGAAGAGUUUGAAGAGAGUAACUUGAUGAAUAGCAUUAAUGGUUAUGUCCUCGGAAAUACCCCAGGUAUGGUAAUGGAGGUUGACGAACAUGUCACGUGGUAUGUAAUGGGACUUGGGUCUGAGGACGAUUUCCAUACAGUUCAUUUUCACGGUCAGACGUACGUACACAGGACAGCAAAAUCACAUCGAGGUGAUGUUCUUGAAGUGUUUCCUGGGACAUACGAAACUGUUGACAUGUAUACAGAUAAUCCGGGCACUUGGCUUCUACAUUGUCACGUGAUGGAACAUUUAUCACAUGGAAUGGAAGCUAAAUAUGCAGUGGUUCCAAAGGGAGCACUCAAACCUCUUGAAGACGCCGAGAAAAACAGAAAACUUCCGGUAAUGCUACAUAAACUUCCGGUAGUCACUCAAACUUCGACUGUUGCAUCUUCAGCCAAGAAAAAACCAAAGAAAGAUCCUCCGCGACAAGCGACAGUGUUAAUAAUUCCACCAAGAGCACGAGGCGACAUGCCAAUUAUUGCUAAUAAUGUAAAUCAAGUUGCUUUAUCACCAACAGUUCAGACAAAACACGGAAAACCAAAGCAUAUUUCGAAAAGAACAGAUAACACUUCCGGUGGACCCAAAAAGCAUGUUUUAGCUAAUGAAGAGUUAAUGGGUCUUCAUAGAAAUGGAAUAUUACCUGGUCGCUGGCAAAUUUUAACUCGGCCAAAUUUACAGAAUAGAAACAGACGAAAAAAAUAAAACGGUUGACGAUUUGAAAGAUAUUUUUGUUAACAGUUAUUUAUUUUGUGAAAGAAACAAAUGCAUAAUAUUCAUAAAAUGGUUUGGUUUGGCGUCUCUUUAUAAUUAGAUAUACUGUCUGAUUUAAGUCACGUCUGCUGCGCCGUUAUUAUAUUUACAUUCACCAAUAAGGAAAUGUACGAUAAGUGUGAGUAAGGCCAGUAGGUGUGAAGAAUAAGUGUGUGUAAGUCGAGUAGGUGUAAAGAAUAGAAGUGUAUGCAUUAAAUCGAGUAGGGAGGAACGAUAAGCAUGUGUAAGUCAAAUUAGGGGUGGGGGUGGGGCAAGCAGGGCCUCCGUCUAAAUAAAAUACCCGUGAGGAGAAUAUAUGUACGUGUAAUGAUAAAAAGUACGUGUAAGUGUUUAGAAAAUGGGUUACGAUGAAAAUAAUAUAAAUACGUUCUAAACGAAAAGUUUGUGUAAAAAGGGUGUGUUCGUGUAAAGAAUAUAUGUUCGUGUUAAAUAAGUACGUUUUAAUUGUAUACUAUAUGGAGAUAGUGAAUACACUAUCUCACCAAUUCAUACUUACCGCACAGAAAGAAUAAACAUACUUAUCUCAAA